GCCCAUCUUUUCCCGCCGAAUCGUUGAUUAGCGUUUCUUCCUCAAUCAGUCAACUUUAUUGACAAUGGAGUCUCUCCCUCUUCCUCCCUCUCACUCUGGUUCUCUUCUUAAAAGAAGAGCCUGAACAGGAGCCCGCAUUUCUGCAGCAAAGCGAAGAAGAAAAACACCCUUUUAACUCUUUUGGAUGAACGCUCCUAGGGCUUUCCACUUUCCCUCCCCGUGUCUGCCACCAACAUAAAGGCCUCAAACCCUUCUCUUCUCUUCUCUUCUCUUCUUCUUCCUCGGUUUGCACCCAAAGCUCUGGCCAGCACUCUUUGGAAUGUCCCACAGUGUGAACUGAGCUAGCUAUUCGUUGCAUUUCGUCAAAAGAUUCAAGGAGUUGUCAGUCAUUUUGCCCCUUUCUUUAGUCUCUCUCCAGACCGCUAGCAAGUCCAAAUCCCCAUGGCAGUGAGAAGAAAAGGUGAGGAAUCCUAGGCCAAGUGCAAAGCGCAAACAUCCUAGGAACGUUGAUUCUCAAAUGGGUGUUCUUCGGUCCGCGCUUCUCUGCUUGAUUCUUGUACAAAGCUGCAAUCUUGCUGCCUCCUCCGACUCUGCUGGCGAAUGGAAGGCUGCUACGGCAACAUACUCCGAAGAGACGGAUGGAUCUCUGAUAACUGGAGGGGCUUGCGGUUAUGGGGACCUUCAUAGGGCCACCUAUGGCAAGUACAGCGCCGGCUUAAGCGCGAUGCUGUUUAACAGGGGGAGUACCUGCGGGGCUUGCUUUGAGCUCCGGUGCGUCGACCACACCCUGUGGUGCCUCCCUGGGAGCCCGUCGGUGAUCCUCACCGCCACCGACUUCUGUCCUCCGAACUACGGGCUUUCGGCCGAUUACGGCGGGUGGUGCAACUUCCCGCAAGAGCACUUCGAGAUGUCGGAGGCGGCCUUUGCAGAGAUUGCGGAGCGGAGAGCAGAUAUGGUGCCUGUUCAGUACAGGAGGGUGAAGUGUGCGAGAAGCGGUGGUCUGAGAUUCACAUUGAGCGGGAACCCUCACUUCUAUCAGGUCUUGGUAACGAAUGUGGGACUGGAUGGGGAGGCGAUCGCCGUGAAGGUGAAGGGGUCGAAAACAGGGUGGAUACCGAUGGCGAGAAACUGGGGACAGAAUUGGCAAUGCAGCGUCGACCUUAGAGGACAGCCUCUCUCUUUCGAGGUGACGACCAGCGACCGAAGAACCCUCACAUCUUACAAUGUGGCUCCGCCAAGCUGGCAGUUCGGUCAGACAUUCGAAGGGAAACAGUUCUAACAUGGAAAACCAUGAAGAACAGGAAAGGUAUACUACAACUACAAGCAUUUCACUCCAAGCUUCGGGGCAAAGCAUUCAUAUUAGAAGCAGAAUUCUGUCGUGUCUUUUUUGUACCCUGAACAAGGUAGCAACAAAAAAAGGGUAGCAAAGUUGCGAAAGACAGUUGAAAAGAAUAUGAAUAGAAGACCUUAGUUUUGUCUCAUUGUAUUGUGU